CAUGCCUCAGUGCUCCUCGGAGCAUGCGACGGGACAGACGGGAUAGAGCGGUGCUGUGUGGAGCCCCCACGCAGUCAACUCCUUCCUUUCUGACCCGGAGCGUUUUGGAGGUGUUUCUGUGGUGCAGGUGUUCUCAAGGCCAGACCGCGGGACUUGGUGACGCGGAGCUUAGGCGAGGUGUCCCCAAUCCCUGUGGCAAGUGCCCUUGAGGCCGCGCUGCACAACUUGAUAACCCAUAGUGUUUCCUAGGCUUUUCUCUCUUUUAGUUGCCCUCGAGGCCAGACCGCAGGAUUGGUGAUCCGGAAAAUUUCCGGGGAGUCUCCAAUCCCUGCGGAAGGUGGCCUCGAGGGCAGCCUGCAGGACUUGGUGACCCGGAGAUCUUCCGAGGUGUCUCUCUCUUGCAGGUACCCUCAAGACCAGACUGUGGGAUGGUAGGAAGACGCCUGAGCCUGCUCAGAAGAAGGAAGAAGGAAGGCCCUGGGACUACCCCAGCACAACACCCUGAGGAGGUGGAGCAGUUCCAGCCCCUGCAGGAGGAUCCAGACCAGAACCGGAUACAAGAGCAGGACCGUGCCCGUGGCCACUUCCGCAGGGCCGUACAGACCUUUCUGAAAUUCUUGAGCGUUCGGCGUAGAAGGUGCAGGAUCACACCAAUUGAGGUCAUGGCGCAGCCUGACCCCACGCCGACUGAGCUCAAGGCGGGCCCUGAUGAUGGCACAGCAAACUGUGACACCGCAGUGACCGAUCACGUGACAAACUCCAACAUGGCACUGCCUGAGCUCACCAUGGAGACUGAUGAUGCAACGACUGAGGGCAUCGCAGAUGCUGACAGCACACCUGUUCAGCGCCUGUCAGAUGCUCCCAUUCUGGAUAUUCUUGACGAGGGAGUUAUCUCUGUGGAAGAAACCAUGAAGGCAGACAGAGACAUGGAGCGGAGACGCUCCAGAGUGAUCAAGCUGGUCUGGGUGAAGAAAGCGGAGGAGGAAAGCCCUGGGGCUGCCCCAGCACAACACCCUGAGGAGGUGGAGCAGUUCCAGCCCCUGCAGGAGGAUCCAGGCCAGAACCGGACACAAGAGCAGGACUGUGCCCGUGGCCACUUCCACAGAGCUGAUCAGAGGGUGCGGAAAUCCGUUCCUGUUCGCCGCAGAAAGGCCAGGGCCUCACCAACUGAGGUGUUGGCACAGCCUGAGCCCAACCCAACCAAGCUCAAGGCCAAGGCUGACGCCCCAGGGACUCAGGGCAUCGCAGACGCUGACAGCACACCCAUUCAGCGCCUGCCAGAUGCUCCCAAUCUGGACUUUUCUGGGGACAGAAUUAUCUCUGCUCAAGUGCCAGCUGUGGUGAGGUCCAUCCACCAGUGGCUGACUUCCACUAUGUCUGCUGGGCACGUGCUGGAUAAGACCCUUCUAGCACUGACCGAGGCACACCCCGUGGAUGUCGCCAUCACCCUCCUGCGCUGUGCCCCCUCGUGUGACAGAGCUGCUGCAACCAUGUGGAGGACCAUCGCCUCAUCGGGAAGGACACUGCAGAAGGUGCUGCCAACCCUGCUCGGCGUGAUGGAGGACUGGCCGUGGUACUACACGCGCACCUCCGAUGGGGACAACACAGCCAUCUUUGCCUUGGCUGCAACUCUGGCACUGUGGAUGAUUGUCCAGGAGCCCCAGUGCCCGGGGCCUUUGAUGGACUAUUCCCCCCAUCUCCUCGUGGCUCUGCUGUUCCAAAUCUUCAUCAGCACAGAGCAGAUGUCAGAGGAGGUCGACAACUUCUGGAGGGGAUGCCAGGAGCAACACGACCUUCCCACCAACCCCAACAGGUUUGCAGUGCUGACCAUGAAGGCCCUGCUCCGCUGUCUGCACUGUGAGGAUGUCGUGAAUUCGGUGGAAAACAAUCGUGGCUGGGUGAGGCUCCUCAAUGCUCGCAGCCGCCGCUACGCAGCGGCUCUGCUGGCCAGGGAGAUGCGCCGUGUCUCCAGCCCCUUGUGUUCUCGGAUCACACUCCACCUGCUGGAGCUGCUGCGCAGGGAGGAGCCGUGCUGGGACCUCCCUGCCAUGGCAUUCCUUGUGGAGGUCCUGGACUGCCUGGACACGAGAGAAUGUGGUGACAGGGUCCUGGAGAUCCUUUCAAGGAACUUGGGGAGCACGAACAAAAAGUGGCGUCAACUGGCGCUCAGAGUCCUCGUAGCACUCAGCCAGGAUCCCGAGAUGGCCAAGAGCAUCUGGAGCCUGAAUGAAAGGCUCGUGCAGCUACUGGGGGAUGCAGACAGAGAUGUGGUUUGGAUGACCCUCUCUGUGCUCGACAACGUGCUCUGGAGCAGUCUGUGGACACAGCGCCACAAGAGAGUCCGCAGCAAAGACCCCCUAAUACCCACCCCCACCGGCCUGCAGUUGGCUGAGGCGCUCCGGCCACUGUUUGACCACGAUGACAGCAGUGUGCGGGAGGGCUCCAUUGUCAUCUUCACUCUUUUGAUGAAACUGAUGGAGAGAGUGGGAAAGAGGCCCCUGAAGCCACACGUGUGCCUGAGCCUGCUCCCGCUCUACUUCCACCGGUAUGAUGAGAACCUGGUUGUGAAAAAGGCCUCUCAGAAAGCACUGCUGGCUGUGACCAGGUUCCUAAAGAGGAGGGAUCUUGGGCGCCUGGUGAACACAGAGGAGCCAUGGAAGUUUGCCGAGUGCCUGCUGAAGAGGGACCGGAGCCGAGUGGCCAAGUACAUGCACCAGGCCCUGCCGUACCUGCGGAGCCCACAGCAGCCCCUGCGAGAGGCAGCCAUCAAGUUCAUGGGGAUUGCUGGGGGGUACCUGAGGGGACAGCACAAAGAGCUGCAGCUCAUCAUUGACGCCCUUCAAGCCAUGAGAGAUGACAGGAGCCCUGCUGUCUCAAACCUGGCACUUGAAAACAUCAACUUUGUUAGAGCUGUACAGAGAGCUAAAGCUCCCCCCUCCAGGUUCCAGCAGCUCCAAGACCGGCUCUGCAGGGCAUGGAACAGCCUGCCUUCUCUCUGGGGCUGUGUCUGCUGUAGCUGUGUGGAGAGUUGAUGCAGGCAGCUCUGUCUGUUGGGGCCACCUGAGCCUGUGGGGAAGAUGCUUCUUCUCCACAAGCCUUUCUUUUUACACUAGCAUAGGAAUAUUAAAUAAAUAAUGUUAU